AUGUGUUGGUGCUCAAUAAAUCCUUAAAUAAUGAAAGUUUUUUAAAUAUUCGUGCCUCGGGCUUGAAAAAAAAGAAAACUAAAUGAAUCAUUAUUUACUUAUAGAUUGGAGAAUGAUGCUCAAUCUGAGUCAGCAAGUGUUUCAAGUCGGAGCAAGUGCUGAAGGUCAACCAAACAACUUGAACAUGAACCAGAUUGUGCAAACCUUGGAAGCAAUGAGGCAAUUUUUCCAAGAGGAGGCGCCUAGGAACCCCAAACCGCCCGCUUGGACGGUUGACAGCUUGAAGAAGAAUGGGGCAAAGGAAUUCGUUGGGGCACAAUCCGAUGAGGGUGAGAACGCGGAAUUCUGGCUAGAUCGAAUCAUAUGUGUGCUUACCAACAUGUUGGUACCGGAACAACAUCAAGUGCGUUUGACCUUGGCUCUGCUUCAAGAUGAUGCGUACUACUGCUGGAGCAGCGUACCUGGGAAACCUGAACCGCAUUAUGGGCUAGAGCCGGUGUCAACUCCAAAACAAGAAUGCACUAAAUUAUUGCUAGGCAUGAACUCUAAGCUAAUGGGAUUAAUGGGAACUGCUAACACCGAUGAUUUCAAGAUCUUGUGGGCUCAGGCUCAAAAUGCUCAACUUUUACUCAACACGAUGGAAAAGGAGAAUGAAAAGGAGACAUCGAAACCCAUCCCUUCAGGCGGAGCAAAAUCAGCCCCUCCAACUACCUCACAUCCUGUAGCAUCCUCUGCACCAAUACUAUAAGCAAUAAGCGAUUUCUUCAAACGGUCUUCAAAUCUUUUCGUCUUCUAACCACCACGUGAGAAAAGAAUCCUCGGUUGAGGUAAGGGAGAGAAAUAGAUUUACAACAAGAGUUUAUGAGAUAAGGCACGACACGCAGGCCGUAUUAUAAUCAAAUAAACUAUAGCCACAAUC